AUGAUUGAAAUACCGGAUUUAAAUGAUAUAUACAAGAAUUCACAAUUAGAUCAAAAUAAAUUCAAUAAUAUUAAUAUCCAUCAAAAUGCUAUAAGUAAUGAAGAGUUUCUGAAUAAUGAUGAUAAUAAUAAUCAAAUAAUUAAUAGUAAUAAUUCAUCAUCAGAUUCAAUAGUAGAUUCAAUAAUAAUAAACAAAAUAUCAGAUCAAAAUUUAUCUAUAAAUCAUGAACCAGAAAUGCAAGAUGUAAAUCUUUCAGGAUUAUCAUUUGAUACAGAAGAAAAUAAUGAUAUAACUCCUCAGCACAUAGACUAUACAGUUGGAUUAUCAUUUCUACCUAAUGAUUUAAAAGAACAUAAAACAACUUUUAAAUUACAAGAACCUCCACAACCACCACCACCACAUCAUAAUCAACGAAUGCAACAAAUAUAUCAACAACAACAACAACAACAGCUACAAAAUGGUGGACUGCUACAUCAACAACUAAAAACUAAAAUAUCGUUAAAUCAACUGCUAGCAUCACCAAUGUCACUAAUUCCACAAUAUGAUCAUACUGAACCUUCACCACAAUUACCUCCUCCUUUAUCGUCAUUAUCAUUACAAAAUGUUUUAUCAAUCGAUCAAAAUGGGCUAUCAAGAAAAAAUUUAGCAACUGAUUUUAAAAGUCCAGCCGAAUAUACUUUACAUAUAAUUUUCACACAAUUUGUACGUCAUGCAGAAAGAAAAUUGAACAUUUUUUUAAAUUAUUCUACUACCGACGAAACUUCAUUAUUUAAAAUAUUUGCAGAAGGUGCAGAUCCUCAAUUUGAUAAAAUAAUUGUUUCUUUGGGGUAUGUUGCAAGAAGAAAACCAAAACCAGUUAUUGAUAGUGUAAUGUUUUGGAGAAAAUCGAAAAGCGAAGUUGCAGCAAUGGCAGCUAUGGAAGUUGAAAAAGCUUUACAAUUUGCUAAAACUGUUAAUUUACAUACCACCACCGAGAACGUAAAAAGAUCACCAUCUUCUUCUUCAACUUCAGCUAAAAGAAGUAUGAGUAUAAUUAGAAGUAAAAGUUUAUCGAAAAUAGCACAUAAGAGAAAUCAAUCUUCAGCAUCUGCAACAUCAUCAAUGGAAACAACCAACGAACUCAAAAAGAAACAACUACUUGAACUUCAAAUAUCAAAUGCUAAACAAACUGCAAUAAAUGCAGAGAAAAAAUCAUUAGUUUCAAUUUACAUAUUAUGUCGAGUAUUAAUAGAAGUUGUUAAACAAACACCCCCAAAAACCAUGGGAGAAGAUUUAGGAAAUAAAUUAGAAGAAAUAGUUUAUACACAAUUGAAAACUACAGAUCCUGCAAGUACAAGUCAAUCCAUAAUACGAGCAGCUAACUGGAACUUAUUUGCUCAGUUACUAGGAAUAAUGUCAGAAAAGAGAUUUUUGAGUGUAAGUGAUAGAUUUAUUUAUGACCUAGAGAAAUUACCACAAUUGAUAAAACAUGAAGAUGAACCAACUAUUUACUUGCUUAUAUCUGGAAUGCAGUAUCUUAAAUUAAACCAUUAUCCUCCUGAAUUAUUUGAAGAUAGUAAAGAAUUUAUCCAGAUAUUGGCCAAAUUUUUUGAAAGAACCACCAAUGAAUCAAUUAUUUAUGCAUAUUGUGAUUCAAUAUCAAACUUAAUUUUACCAUUAGCAAAUAAUUUAACAGCUGAAGCUAAUGAUCCAGGUUGGAAUGAGGGUAUAGAAAAAAUCUAUAAUAAAGCUAUAUCGAUUCAGUACCCUGGUUGGGCUCAUUUACUAAACGUUAUUACCGCCACUUUGUCAGUUUCUCGAAAAGAGCUAUUUUCUUCGGUAUGGUAUGACAUAAUUGAGGCAAACAGUUUUAAAUUGAAGCCUAAAGUUGAAGUUCAAGAUAAAACAGUUUACAUAUUAUGUAUUAGCAGAUUAUUAUGGGUUUAUUUUAAUAGAUGUCCAGAUUCAUUGAAUUCAACUUUUAAAAAAUUAGAUGAUUUUUUUAAUUUAGUCUUUUUUAAUUUACCAAAAAAGGGUCAAUGGUUAACUGCUGAUCCACAACUAAUAAAUGCACUUACCAAGAUGAUUCAAAUUGUCGGAUACAACCACCUAAAUUAUACACUUGAAAAUGUACUUGCCAAAUUAAUGAGACAAAGUUUUAAUGGAACUUUAGAUACAUUACAAACUGAAAAAAUUAUUUUGGUUGUUAGAUCAUAUAUUGCAUUAAUCAAAGAAUUUGAAAAAGAGCAUAAACCGACUUUCCCAAAUAUCGAUAUUUUUGAUCAAAAUAUAAAUGAAGAUGAUGUUGAAGAAUUUCAAUUUCUUGCUAAAAAUAGUACAAAUGUGACAUUACAUGAAGAAUUUAGUAGAAAUUUUGGUUUGUUAUUGAGACUUCUUGAUAGUCAGUAUGGUUCAACAAUGAUUGAGACCAACUCAAGUUCAUCGGGGUCUGCAAAAUCACAAUCUUCUUUUGGUUUCCAUUUCGGUUCUGAUACUACAUCAUCAAAAGAAUUACAUUUAGAAUUGUUUGCAGGUCUAAUAAAUUCUAUUCCAUUUACUAUGGCCUUGAAUGAGUCUCAAGGUGGUUUUAAACAAAUUGUUGAGUUACUUGCUAAAAAUGCAGUUCAUGAUAAUCAACAAAUUCAAUUGGCCACAAUAAAUGCACUCAAAAAAUUAUCUAAGAAAAAAAAUCCAACAACAUUAUUAAAUAUAUUUGCAAAAUUUGCUUUCCAAUUAUCUGAGAAGACUAGUUCUGCAUAUGAUUCCACCUACCUAAAUUCACAAAGUUUUAUUCUAUUACUAAAAUUAUAUACUCAACUACUUGAAACUUGGUAUGAACUGUUUCAACUUGAAAAACCAGAUAAAUCAAAUCCAUUAGCUCAAGAUGAUGAAUUAAUGAACCAGGACGUAUUAAAUGAGUUAUAUCAAAUUAAUCACAAAAAUCAAGAUUUAUCGAAUUUGGUCACUAAAACAAAACCAAGUGAUGAAUUAGAAUGGAAAACUAUAAUUAAUCUGGUUGAAGAAAUCGAAGGAAAUGGUUUAUUUUUCAUAUGUUCUCAAGAUUCACAAAUUAGAGCAUGUGGUAUUAAUAUUUUACGUACUGUUGAUAAAUUUGAUCAAGCAAUUUAUAAUUUAACAAAUGAUACCCCAAGAGAAAAUGCAUCUCCUAAAAAACAUUCUAGAAGUUCAUCCAAAUUUGCAGCUGAUGUGGGUACAAGAAUAAUACAUGUAUUAGAAGGAUUAGAAUUCAAUGAAUUAAUUAAACCAUACAAAAAAGAAUUAAGUUUACCUGAACGUACAAGAUUAACGAAAUUGAAAAAUGAUAAAAGAUUACUCACAAAACUAAUAGAAUCAGAUUAUGGGAUAGAUUCAACUAUAUGGUUUAGAUUAUACCCAAAGAUUUUGGAAAUAUUAUUUGAAAAAUGUCCUAUGCCAGUUGCGAUGUGUAGAAAUAUUGUAUGUGUGAGUUUAGUUCAAAUGCAUGAGUUAAUAUUAGAUCAUUCAGAUAAUCAUAGAUUCAAUACAUCUUCAAUUUUUACGUCGAAACCAUCAACAACUGUUCCACCUGAAAUUUUGGUAAAUCAAUGGAAAUUAUAUCUUAUAUUUGCAUGUACUUCUUUAACUGCUACAAAUGAACAAAAAAUUUCAUUCCCACAACAACCAACUCAUGGUAGGAAAAAGUCUUUACAAAUGUUUAUUCAACAUCAAAAAAUCACAAGUGCUAAAUCUAUAUUUAGAAUGGUCUUGCCACUUCUCAAAUCACAACAAAUGAUGGUUAGAGAGGCUGUUAUUGUUGGAUUGAGUCAAAUUAACAUCAACAUAUUCAAAACAUUUUUGGAAAAUAUUCCAUUAGCAAUAAAUGAAUGGAAUUUAGAUGUUAAAAAAAGAGAUUUUGCAGAUGAUAGAUUUAGAAUUGAAAUUGUUCACAUAUUAAUGAAUUUAACUGGGAAAUUUAAAUCUAAUGAAUUGAUAUAUACAGAUGAUACAAUAAUAGCAAAUUUAAUAGCAAUUGUGAAAAAUGUCAAGACCUUCUUAACACUACCUAAUAUUCAAAUCGAUAUAGAUUUUCAAAGAUUAAGAAGAUAUUUUUGUGAAUUUUUAGAGAAUGUAUUCUUGGGAUUGCAGGAUAAAAUUAAUUUAGAUAAAUGGUUACCAUUUGAAGCAAGAAUAUCAUGUUUCAAUUACCUCAAAGAAUGGUGUGGAUAUGGAGACUCUGCCGGAAUUACAGAAGAAAGAUAUAGCAUCAUAACUCAAAAUAUUAACAAACAACAAAAAGAUACUGCUCCAGCAAUUGCACUAUUAGAAUUUGAGAAAAAAAGAUUACAAAUGUCCUCAUUAAGUUGUAUGGCAAUAUUAUGCUCGGGAGAAAUCAAACAAAAUAUUGAAAAUCUAGCGGUGGUGAGUUUUGAUAUACCAGUGUUGUUAAAUUGGAUCCACUCAUUAUUAGAAUCAGGUUCUGAAAAAGUUCAAGAGAUUGGAAAAAAUGCUUUGGAAAAUUUAUUACUUAAUAAUUUUGAUAAUCAAGAAAUUCAAUCAUCAACCAUAAAACAAUGUUGUACUUCUGAAAAAUCAAUGCCAGUCUAUUUUUGUACAUUUGUUGAUGUUUUUGGUAAAAUAUCCAUAAGUGAUGAAAUAAAAUCUGAUGAAUUGGUGGUGUUGGGAUUAUUAUUGUGUGGGAAUGAAAACUUUGAAGUAAGACAAUCAGCAAUUUCAUUGUUAAAAUUAUUAUUUGUGAAAGUAGAUCUUGAAAAUUUUGCAGAAGAUAUAUGUGGUGAGAGUUUGACAAUGAGAAGAAAAGCAAUCGCUGACUUAUCAAGAUUGAUCAACACUGAUACUGCAACUUCGUAUGUGAGACUUUCGUAUUUAUUUCAUUUUUUCAAUUUUGUUGCUGAAGAUGCAAGAAAAAAUUUGUCAAUUAUCAUGGUUACUAUUUUGAAAACUGUUGUACUUAAACUUGAUGAAAAAGAACAUUUAGAUGCUACCUCAAAUAUGGUUUUAAAUAAUUUAUUUGAAUUAUCAAUUAAAUUUGAAAUGAAAAACUCAACUGAAUUAGAAACUAUGUGGAUUGCACUUGGUUCAACAGAAAAUUUUGAUAUUAUAAUUGAUCAUAUUCUAAAGACUUGUUUAGAAAGUAGAAAUGGAAUGUUUGUUUCAAGAUCAAGACAAGUUGUUGAUUAUUUAGCUUUUGCACAUCCUGAAAAACUACAUGUGAUUCAAAAAUUAACAAAAAAUCUACAACCCAAAAUGAUGAUACCACCUCAACCUCAACCUUUAAAACCAGCACCACCUAAACUUUUCCCGUACAUUGUUGAUUUAUCAAGAUUACAUCGUGAAAAAGAUGCAGCUUUUUCAAUGGGUCAAAUAUCAAUGAUUUUUUUAGUUGAUUUAAUUAAUUCUAAAAGUGAUUUCAUCGUUCAAAAGUUACCUUUAUUACUACAUAUUGCUUUGACCUUAUUAGACCAUUAUUUAUUGAUUGUAAGAGAACAAGCUGCUAGGCUAUUAAUUCAUUUAAUUCAUUCAUUAGCAAUUAAUGAACCCAAGGCUAGGGACACCAUAACUUUAUUAAGAGAUAGAAAUUGUAAAAAUUUUUGGGUUUAUGAUGAUUUAAAUAACGACAAAAAGGGAGCAAGAACACCAAAUAAUAUGAUUUCUUUGGUUAGAAAUAUACUUCAAAUUUUCUCAAAUAUUGCACCAAGUUUACAAGAUGAUUGGAGUAGAAUUGCAUUAACUUGGGGAACAACUUGUGCAGUCAGGCAUAGUGCAUGCAGAUCUUUCCAAAUAUUUAGAGUACUAAUUUCAUUUUUGGAUUUAAAUAUUUUAAAAGCAAUGUUUCAUAGAUUAUCAAAUACAAUAUCUGAUGAAACUACUGAUAUUCAAGGUUUUGCAAUGCAAAUAUUAAUGACAUUAAAUGCAAUAGCUGCGGAAUUAGAUUCUCAAAAAUUAAUUGAUUUCCCACAAUUAUUCUGGUCAAGUAUAGCUUGUUUAAGUACUAUACAUGAACAAGAAUUUAUAGAAGUUUUAUCAACAAUGAAUAAAUUUAUUCUGAAAAUUGAUUUAAAUGCUCAAGAUACCAUAAAUUGCUUGAUUUCAACGUUCCCACCGAAAUGGGAAGGUAAAUUUGAAGGUUUACAACAAAUUGUGACUGUGGGGCUAAGAUCUUCAACUUCUUGGGAACCAACUUUAGAUUUUAUUGAUACUUUAUUGAGAUUAAAAGAUUCUCAAAUUGUUGGUAUGGGAGAUUCCAGAAUUAUUAUAGCUUUAAUUGCAAACAUGCCUAGAUUUUUGGAUGCUUUAGAGAAUAAUACUGUAACUUCAGAAAUUGCAAAUACUGCUGUUGAUAUAAGUAAAUUAGCUGAAGCUUCUGAUAAACCUUCAUUAGCUAAGAUUUUAUUAUCUUUAUCAAAAAAUAAGUUUAGAUCAAAAAAGGAUUUUUUAAUUCAAACUGUAACUACUAUUCAACAAUUAUUUUUCCCAGAUUAUGAAGUCAUGGUAUUAAUUUCAUUAUUAAAAAUGUUAUCCAACACCACUGAGUUUUUCAGAAAACAAGUUUUGGUAUUUUUAAAAGCCAUGAUCCCCUACAUUGACUUCAGAAAAGAUGAAUUUAUUGGAUUAGGUGCUGAUUUGAUAUCACCAUUGCUUAGAUUAUUGUUAACAAAUUUUGCAGAACCAGCUUUAGAAGUGUUAGAUGAAGCUGAUAUAAUAUCUGGUUCACAAUUAGAUAGAGAUAUUUUAAGAAUGAGUCUUGGUAACACCUCCAUUAAAAAGGAAUAUGAAAAUACUGCAACAUUAUUUGGUAUACCAGAAGAAAGUGGGUGGUCAAUUCCAAUGCCAGCAGUAACUUCAGCAAGUACAAGGAACAAUGUUCAUGCUGUAUUUUCAACAUGCAUACCAGUAGUUGAUGAAGAACAAGAUAAAGAAUUACAAGAAGAUCAAAAUGAAGAAAUUCAAUUUCACAUGGAAGAUUAUUAUAGUCCAAAUGCCCCACAAGAUACUCAAGAUACUAUAUCUAUGAGUGUCGAAGAACCAGAAGUUUCAUUAAGUAAUAUGUGGGCGGCACUUGAUGAUUUUGAUAGUUUUUUCAAUACAACUGAAAAAGCUAAAAAGAUAAACAACUCCAUUAACCACUCAAAUGAGUUAAGGCAAAAUAAAAUACCACCUUAUCAACAAACACCAAUUGAAAGUGCUCCAAAUACAUAUGACAAAAAGGUCUCAGCAAUAUUAAAUAAAACAUUGACAUCUACACCAUCAUUUAGAAAUAAUUUACUAGAAUAUAUUGGAGAAAAUGAGCGAUCGCCAAUUCCACCAACAAGACGUUCUUAUAUUCCAUUCAGAAAUAAAACUAUAAAAGGCAAAGAUAUAUCAACUCCAACAACUUUAAAUUCAGCAAAUUUUGAUAUUCAAAAGACCCCUCAUCAAACUCCAUCAUCAAUUUCAAUGCCAUCGUCUUUCAAAACUCCUUUGGUUACAAAUAAAUCAUCUUUUACAAAUGGUAAUAGUGAUUUAACAACUACGACCACUUUAAAUAAUUCCAAUCUAACUCCAGAAAAUGGAAUACGUAUUGUAUCUAAAAAAAGAUCAAAGAAAAAGUAA